AUGCAGAAUAGUAGCUUGGGAAGCCUGGUCAAAGAGAUUACGUUUUGGUGUCCAGAUUACGAUGAAAAGAUAGUUUCACUUAUCUAUAACCUCACCGAGACGUGUCCAAAUGUACAGAUAUCUAAAGGCAAUCUUCAUGUCAGACAUUGGGGUGCUCUUGGAGGAGCUGUAGGAAGUUAUUGGAAACAGUUAAAGCAACUUCCUGAGCCACAAUGGUCUAUGAGCAGUGAUUUGAAUGUUUUUACGAAUUAUUAUACGCUUGCAUCCGUCUGCCACAAUACUCUCACUCAUGUCACUUUACCACCUAUACCGCCGACUAGGUCACAAUUUAAAAUAGUUUUUCCUCUGCUACCAUUCUUCAUAAACCUGACACAUCUGAUAGUUAAUUCUGACUAUAGUAGCUCUACCCUCAUGGUCUACGAUGAGGUUAUUCAGCAAUGUCCUAAUUUGAUGUGUUUUACAUUAGACUCUAACCUAAAUAUAAUUUACGGGGAUUAUGGCGACACGAAACAAAGGGAACUUCAUCAAGAUACGUUUGACUAUGUCAUACACAAGUUUCCCAAUCUGGGAUGUUGUAAUGUACAUUUGUCUGUUGAUGAUAUUCUUAACCGUAUUGGUCCCUGGAUAACAAGUCACUACGAAGAAAAGCUGCGCAAAUUCUUGGAGCACCUGAGCAGCAGAAGAUGCGACUGGCUCUUCACUUAUGUAAAUUAG